UCGUCAUCUUGUGAAACUAGAUAACGGGACUCAUUUAUUUCACGUUGUGUAUCAUGAUUUCAAAGUGACGGAUUGUUGGAGCUGAAGAGGAAACUGUGAGAUGAGGUAGUAGUUUGUAUAGUUUUAGGAUCACACCAGAUCUGGGAGAUAACUAUACAGCCUACUGUCUUUCUCACGGCAACCUAAACCGUCACCUACAUGAUCACCACCAGCAUAUCCUCAACUCGCGUUCAGUUGCUACGGCAACUUACGCCUCCGUUUCCAUUGGUGAUCAAGAGGGUUCUUACAUUUUAAAUGCAUAUUGCUGUUCUUGUUUGCCCCUCUUCAGAAGACGCCUCAAUCAUGGAUUCAGUAUUUUUAUUACUUACAUUUCUCAGUGGGGUAUCAUGAGCUAUUUGAUGGUAGAUAAGACAUUUGAAAAAUGUGAAUUAUUGACAUUAUUGCAAAUUCAAAUUGCAGCUCAAGUGUAUAGGUGGCAACCAACCAAAGGCUGCCACGAGGAUACAUAAAACAUUUUUUUAAAAACUUCGCGAUGUCCCAGGGAAAAUGUGUCUGUAGCUGUGCUGAGGUAGUAUGUUGUGUUGUUGUGGGGUUUGGGAUAUUGCAACCCCUAAUUUGGAGAUACAACUAUACAACAUACUGCCUUCCACAGCGUGGCAGCAUAGUGAACAGUCUCCCAGCUUUUGCAAUGUGUGCUGACAUAAACAUCAUGGCCCUUUAUUCAGCCCACAUUACAUGUCCUUGUUAAGAUUGUAAAUGUUACCAUUAUCUGUAGAAAGUGUACUACAUCACUUAUGUCAUUUAUGUUUAUUAAUAGAGCUACAGUCUACAGAAUCAUGUUUUCCUCCUUCAUUCACCUGCCAGCUGGUGGCAGUCAUGCGUCUCUAGACUGGUUGAAGCACCGCGAUUAAACACUAAAGAAGAAGAAAGUCCACUCAUAAACCAAGAUGGCGAAUAUUCGGUGUGUCAAGGGCAUGGUCGGCCUGGUGACAGGCGGGGCGUCGGGUCUGGGCCGGGCCACGGUGGAGCGUCUGAUCCAGAACGGAGCGUCUGCUGUGAUCCUGGACCUGCCCUCCUCCGACGGACCGGCUCUGGCUGCCAGUCUGGGGGAGCGCUGUGCCUUCGCUCCUGCAGAUGUGACAUCCGAGGCAGAUGUGCAGUCAGCAGUGUCUCUGGCCAGAGAGAAGUUUGGGAAGCUGGACCUGGCAGUUAACUGUGCCGGCAUCGCUGUCGCCGUUAAAACGUAUAACUUUAAGAAGGAACUCCCUCACAGCCUGGAGGACUUCCAGCGUGUAAUCAUGGUGAACAUUGCAGGAACCUUUAAUGUAAUUCGUCUUGCUGUGGGUGAAAUGGGGAAGAACGAGCCUGAUGCGGACGGACACAGAGGCUGCAUCAUUAACACAGCGAGUGUGGCCGCCUUUGAUGGACAGGUCGGUCAGGCAGCAUAUUCAGCCUCAAAAGGCGGCAUCGUUGGAAUGACCCUCCCCAUUGCACGAGAUCUGGCCCCCAUGGGCAUCAGAGUCAUCACCAUAGCACCAGGUCUGUUCUCCACUCCCCUCCUGGCUGGUCUCCCGGAGAAAGUUCGUUCCUUUCUCGCUCGCCAGGUGCCCUUCCCUUCGCGCCUGGGAGACCCCGCUGAGUUUGCCCACCUGGUGACGUCACUGGCUGAGAACCCCAUGAUUAAUGGAGAGGUCAUCCGACUGGAUGGAGCCAUCCGCAUGCAGCCCUGAGACAGAACGUGUGUGUCUAUGUGUGUGUAUGUCCACGUUAUCAAAAGUUGUUGAUAGUCAUUUCCAUCAAAUUAAGAUGAAAUUUUUUUUAAUGUCUCAGUGUCUAGAUGCAUGGUGCAAUUGGUUUUGUACAAAGCGGCAUACAGUGAUAAAAAUGUAUGAAAUUGCUGUACAUCAUUGAGGAUGGCAGUGGUUUAUUUAGUCCAGAUUAUAAUAAACAUCCAAAUGGGUUUGGUUCUUUUCAAAGACA